GAUCUCACAGCCAAGGCUACAAAUCAUCAUCUUCAUCAACACAAUCAUCAUCAGCCGCCACCACAGCACUGAUUAAAAGCAAUUACAACAGUUUAUCAUCGGCACCAUCAUCAUCAUCCUCGUCAAGUGCUUUUCGCAGCAACGCAUACACCAGCAAUAACUCACACAACCACCACAAUAGCCGUAGCUCACCAUUCUCCUCAGCCUCUGCAUCAGCGUCAGCCCAAAUGGCUUUAAAUCGUCAAUAUUCGACAUUUUCAAGUGCCUCAGCAGCGGCCGUUACAAAACUGCCCAUACCACCGUUUUUAGCCGCCUCGCCAUUUCUUUUCACCUAUCGGCGUCUCAAGGAUGAGGCCACGAACAAUGGUGGCGGUAGCAGUGGUUUACCCUAUAUGGGUGGUGGUGGUCACAGUAAUGGCAGUUCAUCUGCAACCUCGCAAACGGCUUUGACAUCUUCCCUGCAUGCUCACUCGCCCAUUGGUUCCUCGACCUCGUCGUUUUCCAGUGCCAAUUCGGGCGUAACGAAUGGAGCCAAUAAUGGCGGCGGUGGCAGCAGUACGACUUCAUAUUUUCAAGACUAUGAUCGCAAGUUUAGCUUGUUGAGCCUAUUUAAGAAUCCCUAUAAAUAUACCAUGGAACGUAGGGCUGCUGUGCAUGUACCACCCUCCGCCUUUGGUAGUGGUGGUGGAGCCGCAGCUGCUGCCCUAUCAUCGGCCUUUUCAAUGGCCAGUCCAGCGCUAACGGCCUCGGCCUUUAGUCCCACCGCCCAUGCAGCUGCUUUAAGCCAUAAAGUCCAAAGUGCCAAUGCAUCGGCGGCCACAUCGCCAUGGAAGCUAAUGGCCGAGGCGCAUCAUCACCAAAGUUCGCCAUUUAGCCAUUCAUACCACCAGGGGGCGUUCAGUGCAAUAAACAGUGGAGAUCGUAAGAAUACCUUUAGUAGUAUAGUACCGGGUGGGAGUAGUGCCUUUGGUCGGUCCACAGAUGCGGGUUCAGUUAGUGGGGCAGCGGCGAAUGGUUGUGGCAAUGAUGCGGCCAAAAAUCGUAAGGUGCACAAAUGUGACAAUGAAGGAUGUGAUAAAGUUUAUACGAAAAGUUCUCAUCUGAAGGCACACAAGAGGACGCAUACAGGCGAAAAACCCUAUGUCUGCACCUGGGAAGGUUGUGUUUGGCGUUUUGCCCGUUCCGAUGAAUUAACCCGCCAUUAUCGCAAACACACCGGCGUCAAGCCCUUCCGCUGUCAACUCUGCACCCGUUCAUUUAGCCGUUCGGAUCACCUAUCUUUACAUAUGCGUCGACACUGA